GGCGGUCAAUUGGAGUUUGAAUUGUCCUUGGGUGCGUGCUGUCGGGUGCUGUCUUUGCGUGGUUGUGUUUGCGUCGUUUGCCAGCAUAUGUGAUUACUAUAAACGUGAAUUAGACUAUUGUAACGCUUUGUUUUUCUUUGUUUGUGCAUGUACUAGGCUUUAUUUGUCGUACAAUUCGUUGUUUGGUCUAUCGGUUGCUUGCGAUGUCAACGAACCGGUGGGUUCUUGUGUUUUUCUGUAAUUUAGGUUAUACGUGCGGUAUUUUCUUGAUGGUUAUCGAUCAUCCCUGUAUUUCAAUGUUGUUUUUUUACGAUUUAUCUUGGAAUAGUUGUGACAUAGAUGGAUCCUAAUUGAUAAUUUUAUUUUAGUCCGUUGCAGGUAGUCAAUUCGAGUGACAGGAGCACAGAUUUAAGUGGAAUUUUUGCUGAAUACAUACUUGGAAGGCGUUUCUUCAGCUGGGAUGAAUUUGAGAAGUCAUUAGCAGAAUUUCAAAAAUUGUCCUGCACUCACUAUGUUCAUAAUUGCAGCAAAACGAUACCGGAUGACAGAUUUAAGUACGCUUAUGUUGGUUUUAAAUGCACUUUUGGAGUGAAUCGUACAAGACCUGGAUUGAAAUCAAGAAAUAAGUCGUCUAAAUGUUGCAAUUGCUCGUCUUCAUUUCGCGUGGUUUUGCGUUAUAGUGAAUACAUAAUUGCUUCCCACAAUAUGGUACAUAACCAUCCAUGCAGCAGGGUGUACAUGCAGAAUGACCCAUGGUAUAGACGACUAACAGUUGAAGAGAAAGAAAAUGUGGAACCACUUCUUCAGCAAUCCCACUCAUCCGAUGAAAUAAUAAUGCAUGUUAAGGAGAAGUACCACAAGGAUAUAACUCGCAUCGACGUUAAAAAUAUGAAAGCCGCAGUUAAUAAAGGUAACGUUGACGUACUUGUUAAAUACUUAAGGUAUUUCGAGUCGUCGUGACAUUUUUGAAUUCCUAAAAUCCCGUGGGAAGUUAAUGGAGUAUUAUUCCGAUGAACCGAUCAGGAAUUCACUAACAAGAAUUUGUUUUGCAACUUAUGAGCAAAUGGAAUUGUAUAAACAGUUCCCUGAAGUUGUUGGUAUCGAUUCGACGUAUAAUACAAAUAAAGGGAAGUAAGUUUACCAAUUCAUUAAUCAACGUGCAGGUAUUCUUUGUUCCAAUUACUUGUGACGGAUAAUUUUGGUCGCGGACGACCAGUUUUAUUUGCGUGGACUAGAAAAGAAUUCAAACGAGAUGUAGUUUGGAUAUUAGACUGUUUUCGUCGAAUAAUGGAAGAUACCUCCAAAACAGAAACUUUCAUUAUGGAUUGUGCGCAAGCUGAAAUAGCAGCCGUCAAGUUAACGCACAGAGAAGCGCACAUUGUUUUGUGUUCUUUCCAUGUUUGCCGAGCAUUCUGUCGUAAAACAAGAAAUCCCAUUGUGAAGAACUAUUUAUGCCGUCUAGUGCAGUGUAAAAGGAGAUCAGAAUUUAAUUUCUAUUUCAGAGUUAUUAGCAGAUUGGAUGCUACUGUCAGUCAAUAUCUACAACGUCGUUGGAUGCAUCGACGAGAAUUGUGGGCAGCAUGUUUCAGAGACAACGUGCUGACUUUUGGGAAUGAUACAAAUAAUCGCGUCGAGAGUUCCCACAAGCAAAUGAAACGGUACUUGCAAAGAUCAGAUAGUUUGCAUAAAAGUAUGCUGAAGGUGUAUAAAUGGUAUCAACAAAGUUUUGCAAGGAUACAGCAGGAGGCGACUAUUGCUCAGUCGCGAUGCUUCACCUAUCCCUGUUCACAACGUCUAAUCCCAAUUAUACGAUUGCUGACGCCAUACGCUGCGAGGAAGGUUAUCCGUGAAUACGAAAGGCGACGAUGGGCUGUUGUUGAGGUUGAAUCCUUCGAUUAUGUAUUCUUCCAAGACAACGGGAAUCGAGUGGAGGUUGAUCUGAGUGCUUGCACCUGCACGUGUGUUACAUUUCAGACUUUCGGUACCCCUGCCGACACUUGCUUUUGGUCCAUUUCAGAAAGCCACAUUUUACAGUUAACCAUGUGAUGCAGAAUUGUAAACAAUGGACGUGGUCACGCAACUUGUUCGCAUCUCAAAGUACGUCAGCAGUUAUCCCUCGAAAUCAAAGUGACAUAUUGAAUACCAAAAAGAGGAUUAUCAAUGCGGGCAUGACGAGAAUUAGUGACAAAUUUGGAGAAGUGUUUGCCAAUACUUAUGCAGACGGAGUAAUCGCAGGAAUCAAUCGUGUUCUUAAUAUGUAAAUAAACUAAAUUUGUAUCAUAAUGAAAAUAAAAUUUUCAUGUAAA